GGUUUUUUUCAUGCAUGCGGCCAAUUAUUAUAUUAUAAUUGUAUUAUAGUGAAGGAGCUUGCAUCACUACAUGACAAACAUCUAACACGACCAGCAUUUGAUGACAGUAUUGAUGAAGAACAUGCUAUAGAAAUACAGACCCAGGAAAUUACUCAAAUGUUUGCACACUGCCAGCGAUUAAUACAACAAAUCACUGCCCGCAGUAGACGUGGGACCGAUCAAGAACUGCUUCUUUCACAAAACAUGGUUAUGUCCCUUGUUAGAUCUAUACAGGAAAUGUCAAAUAAUUUUAGAAAAAGUCAAUCAUCAUACUUGAAAAAAUUACGGAGUCGAGAAGAACGAUCUCAAUUUUUUGACACAAAUAUAGGACCAGAUUCAGGGACUCUUCCUGAAGAUGAUAUGUAUGCAAGUUAUGAUAGGGGUUUUUCAUCAGAACAGAUGCAGCUGGUAGACAACAAUACACAGGUAGUAAAUCAGAGAGAUAAGGAGAUUGCCCACAUUGUACGCUCUAUAACAAGAUCUGAAUGAAAUAUUUAAAGAUCUGUCACACAUGGUUGUGG